AUGGCCGCCAAAAAGAACAAGAAGCAAAAGCGCGAGGACUAUCGCGCCGCCAUGAAGCAGGACGAUGUCCUCACCAUGCCUCGCAAGAAGUUUUACCGCCAAAGAGCCCACGCCAACCCCUUCUCCGACCAUCAAUUAGUCUACCCACCACACCCUGAUCAAAUGGACUGGUCCACCCUCUAUCCAGCCUAUGUCGCCCAAGAAGAGUCACAGCCAGAAGCCACCCCAUCAUCAACAACAGAAGACCUCUCGGCACCAGUCAAAGUAAAAAAGCUCACCCAAGACGUCGAAGUAGCCGACAUAGGCUGCGGCUUCGGCGGCCUCCUCAUCGCCCUCGCCCCCGUUAUGCCCCAGACCCUCGUCCUCGGCCUCGAGAUCCGCGUGAGCGUCACCCAGUUCGUCGAGGACAGAAUCAAGGUCCUCCGUCGGCAAAACGAAGAAAGCAAAGCCUACCAAAACGUGUCUGUUCUCCGCGCCAACACGAUGAAGUUCUUGCCCAACUUUUUCAGGCAGGGGCAGCUGUCCAAGAUUUUCAUCUGUUUUCCCGACCCGCACUUCAAGGCGAGGAAGCACAAGCAGAGGAUUGUGAGCACGACGCUGAAUUCGGAGUAUGCUUAUGCGGUGAGGCCGGGGGGGGUUGUGUACACGAUUACGGACGUGCCGGAUUUGCAUGGGUGGAUGGUGCAGCAUUUUGAGGCGCAUCCGAUGUUUGAGAGGGUUGGGGUGGAGGAGCAGGAGGGGGAUCCGUGUGUAGAGAUUAUGAGGAAUGCGACGGAGGAGGGGAAGAAGGUGGAGAGGAAUAAGGGGGAGAAGUUUGUGGCGUUGUUUAGGAGGUUGGAGGAUCCUGUGUUUUAG